CUUGCGCAAAAAAGAAAAAAGAAGAAGAAAUUUACGAGAAUGCCAUCGUCCUCUUCCUUUCUUCUAUGCGUCCAGAACUCCUCAAAGGUUCCAUCAAGUUUCCUCCUUUAACUCCUUUCUUUUCUUGGUAUUCCCAUUUCUGAAACCAUAAUUUCAUCGCUUGAAAAUCUAAUCCGCCAUGGAUCUCGCGCCGGAGGAGCUCCAAUUUCUCAGCAUUCGAGGCAUAUUGCGGGAGUCUACUUCGAUCCCCAAAUUCUCCUUGAAAACCUUCUACCUCAUAACCCUAACCCUAAUUUUCCCUCUUUCAUUCGCCAUCCUCGCUCAUUCCCUCUUCACACACCCGAUCUUGGCUCAGCUCGAUUCCUACCCUCCCUCGGAUCCAGCUCAAACCCGCCAUGAAUGGACCGUCCUCCUCGUCUUCCAGUUCUGCUAUGUCAUCUUCCUCUUCGCGUUCUCUCUGCUCUCCACCGCCGCCGUCGUCUUCACCGUCGCCUCCCUCUACACGGGCAAACCUGUUUCCUUCUCCUCCACAAUGUCCGCCAUUCCCCUGGUCCUGAAGCGGCUCUUCAUCACUUUCCUAUGGGUCUCGCUCUUGAUGCUAGCUUACAACACAGUCUUCUUGAUAUUUUUGGUAGUCUUGAUCGUAGCCAUUGAUCUGCAGAACGUGCUUCUCGCUGUGUUCUCGAUGCUGGUGAUUUUUGCUCUGUUCUUGGGCGUUCAUGUUUACAUGACCGCUUUGUGGCAUUUAGCUAGUGUAGUAUCAGUUCUUGAGCCCGUAUACGGAUUCGCGGCGAUGAAGAAGAGCUAUGAACUGCUGAAAGGCAGAACUUGGAUGGCUUGUUCGAUGGUGUUCGUGUAUAUGGCAAUGUGUGGAGUCAUCGGAGGAGUUUUUGGGGCUGUGGUCGUCCAUGGCGGAGAAGAUUAUGGACUGUUUACGAGAAUUGUGAUUGGUGGGUUCUUGGUCGGAGUCCUUGUCAUCGUGAAUCUGGUCGGACUGCUUGUUCAGAGCGUGUUUUACUACGUGUGCAAGAGCUUUCACCACCAGGGUAUCGACAAGACGGCAUUGCACGACCAUCUCGGUGGCUAUCUCGGGGAAUACGUGCCUCUGAAGAGCAGCAUUCAGAUGGAGAACUUUGAGGUUUGACAAGAUCCAAUGGAAACCGGCUUUUGCAGUUUGUAAGUUGUAACGUUUGUAAUUUCACAGUAUCAAUUUACAUCCCCAUCCAAUUCAAUUGGGGAGAAUAGACCGAUGUUUGUAGAUUUUCGGUAACUCCUGCACCAAGAAUAUACGGACCCAUUCCACUUCUA